AUGUCUUUAUUUCAAGUCGAUGGUUGGGAUCUCAAGACUGACAAAGUCGCCUUUUUCGAUGCCAAUGCUGCAAAAACUGAGGAAAAGAAGAAAAAUAAAAAAGCCAAGAAGGAUAAGCUGAAAAAGGAUCGGCAAAGUAGGAAAAGCCAAGUCAUCAAUCAGGAAAUCGAUGAGCCCAGUGACAGCGAGCUUGAUGGCCAGGCAUUAAGUGUUAAUGACUCGCGGCCCAGAACUGCAGAAAGCAAAAACAUAAAGGAAAAGAGUAAGGGAAAUAAGCGUCUAUCAGAUAACCAAAUUCAAUCCACUGUGCCAGAGAAAAAGCAGAAUGUAUCACAAUCAGUGGGAAGCUCGAAAAAAUCAUUGACGCCUUUGCAACAAAAGAUGAUGGCUAAGUUGACGGGGUCUAGAUUUCGCUGGAUUAACGAACAGCUUUAUACUAUUAGCUCCGAUAAGGCUUUAGAAAUGUUGCAAAAUCAACCCCAGCUAUUUGACGAAUACCAUGAGGGGUUCCGUUCUCAAGUUACCUCUUGGCCAGAAAACCCAGUCAAUGUGUUUGUGGAACAAAUCCAACAGAGGGCAAAAAAACCUGUCAAUGCACCAGGCGGGCUCCCAGGGUUGCAAGAUUCGAAGAAAAUUGUGAUUGCAGAUAUGGGAUGUGGGGAAGCUCAGCUAGCUUUGGAGGUUAAUAAUUUCUUCAAGAAAUUUAACAAGAAUGCGAAGAAACACAAACAGCGAACGCACGAGGUCCAUAGCUUCGAUCUGAAGAAAGCUAACGAAAGAAUCACUGUCGCAGACAUAAGAAAUGUUCCUCUUCCUGAUAAUUCUUGUACAAUCGUCAUCUUUUGUCUCGCCCUGAUGGGCACCAACUUUCUGGAUUUCAUUAAGGAGGCCUACAGGAUUUUGGCACCUCGCGGAGAACUUUGGAUCGCAGAGAUCAAGUCCAGGUUCGCGGAUGAGACGGGAGAUGAAUUUGUCAAUGCACUCAAACUCAUGGGCUUCUUCCAUAAGAAAACCGAUAACGAAAACAAGAUGUUUGCCAGAUUUGAAUUUUUCAAGCCACCGCAGGAUAUCAUUGAGGAGAGGAAGGCAAAGCUCGAGAGAAGACACAAAUUUAUCGAAGUUGAAACCGAGAAAGAGCAAUUAGAAAACAAAAGAGUUAAAGUGUCAGAAGGGAAAUGGCUUCUAAAGCCUUGCAUUUACAAGAGGAGAUAG